GAACUCCUUUUCCUCCUUCUGUUACGGAAUGGCGUUCGGGGCGGCUCAGCUGCAGCUUUCCAGACGUCAUGUCGUCCGCCCUCAUAGACAGAUCCUCAUCGCGUCAAUGUCUUGCUGAUUCCAUCCUUCAUGGACCUGCGACAGCUGCAGCAAGACCAAAGUAGCCAAAGAUAGACAUGGCCAGCCUACCCGGCGACAUCUACACUGGAACCUGGACCAACUGGGACAGAGGACGUGUACUUGGAUCAACAAUCACCAUCUCGACACAGCAAGGCUUGUUCCUGACGGCAUUCCUAGCGAUAUGGAUCACCUGGACAGGCGCCCAUCUAUGGGGCAUCCUCUGCUUCUGGAUGAUGCAGCACCAGUCGACACCAGAACCCCGUGACGGCCUUCACCACCAACGCCAGGCUCUCCUUCGCAAUUCUGGUGCGCCCGGAGAUGCCUUCUGGAGUCUCUCCAAGGUGGCGUGGGCGUGGCGUCGUCGGCCUGAAUCCAAGGCGAUCAAGCGUUCGAUGCCUGCGAUUGCGGUCGCGCUCCUGCAUAUGGCUGCAUUCGCCGUCGCUGGUAUCUUCUCCUCCAGAGUUACCCAGGCCGGUGCUGAGGUCCUCGUCGCUCCGGGUACGUGCGGGUGGCUAUCUACAGAUGUUGGGUUCACGUAUAAUCGCUAUGCGGCGCUGCGUUCGACGGCUCGUGAGAGUCUGACGUAUGCCCGUUCGUGCUACUCGUCUGGAGAGAGCAGUGACGAUAGUAACGACGAUGGCGAGGAGCGAGACCGCACAUGUCGCCAGUAUUCUCGAGUCCAGCUUGGGAACCGGACGAUAGACUUUGACGCGAAGUGUCCCUUUGACGCCUCGAUGUGUGGCGGUGAGCCUUCCAUGUCGCUUGACACCGGAUAUGUUUCGUCGAGUUCUGAUUUCGGCAUCAACACCCCUAAUGACGAAGAGAUGUGGCUUCGCAAGGUAGUGACGUGGAGUCCCCUGAAUCUCACUGGGCAUGUCGGCGAUCCGGUCCCGGCCAGCGACUCGGAUCCAAACGAGACCAUCUCGUCGUAUUACCUGGGAGACAGCAUAGUAGACGGCGUUCGCUACAACUUUACCUUCCAACUCUCGAAUGCGUACAGGCCUGAGAAUGUCCGGCAAUACAUCCUCACACCUUUCCAUGCCUAUCUCAAUGAAUCAGACCAAGACUACUUCCCAAUCGUCCAGCUGAACCGCACCGACGCCGACGUGACCGUACUAGAACUGAACAACUUCAUGAACUACGAAGCCCCAACCACAGAUGCUCUCUACGGCACCGACCAGAACAUCAGCUCAAACGGCUACUACACACCACUGAAUCGAUACACCGCCCUCGCCGCCACAGAGCAAUACCAGCUCUGCACCGCCCCUGAACAAGCAUCCUGCACCCCUCUCAGCGGCAUCCACACCCAACCCCUCUCAACCCUCACCCUCACCCCCAGCCGCACCACACUCGCAUCCCACCUCCUCCGCAUCAUGCGCGAAAGCACAAUCGACAGCACAGUCGGCUACCUCGGCAGCCAAUCCCUCCUCAUCCCCGACCUCGCCCUGACCGAAGGCCGCCUCGUCUCCAUCGCCCCGCCGCCCUACCAAUGGCUCCUCGACGCCGAACACAUCCACAACAUCUCCCUCGCCUUUGCCCAGCGCCUCGCCGUCCACUUCGUCGCCCACUCCUCCGCCCCCGUCAUCCCCGGCGUCCAGGUCCCUCUCGGCCAGCUCGAACCGCUGUCUACCGACCAGCUCCGUCUGUGCGCCCUCCAGAAGGUCCGCAGCUACACCUUUGCGAGCUUCACGACGCUUGGCGUCGCACUCAUUUUCAGCGUCGGCGGCCUCGUCAUGCUCGUUAAUUGCUGUCUCUCUGACGUUGUCAAAGCGCUGCGUGCGCGUAGGGCGGGUGCUGCUGGAAGCAACGAGAAAAGCGUCGAAUGGAUCGAGACUGAAGUGCUGCAAUUGCAGCGUCUUGCUGUUGAAGGGCGGAAUGUGGGUGGUGCGUGGGCGGGGCUGAGGAGUGCGGUGCCGGUGCCGGUUGAUGUGAGGCAGGUGUGGAGUUCGAGUGUGUUGGAUGGGAAGGAUGCUGUGGGUAUGGGUGCUGGUGUAGGCGGGAGAGCUGGCGAGUAUCAGUCUGUUCGGAAGGAUGAGGGGGAUGUGGGGGAGGAUUAGAUGGGAUGGAUAUACAGAUGUGGUUUGGAGUAGGUCGUGGUUUAGCAUAGUGUGUGUAUGUGCAGACGGCGAUUGAUAGUCAGUAAGUCCAGUCAGUCAGCUCAGUCGUGCAUGAAGGAAGCCUCGUCGAUCUCAGAUUUCGAUGCCCCCCCCCCAAUUCCACCCAGUUUUGAGGUCGUAAACUACAGUG